AUGAUGUACGGUUCCUCUUGCCACGAGGACAGCUUCCUCGAUGCCAUCCUCGAUGAGCUCACGGUGAAUCCAUACAGUGAUCUCCACACGGUGCUCGCACGUGUGGAGCGAGCCCAGACGGCAGAAUCACAUGUGGCGCGAAUGAAGCAGCGAACGGCAGAGCAGCAGGAGGAGCGCGCGGCCCGCCUGCGGAGCGAGUGGGCGUCCGCGACGAGGCAUCAGAGCCCCGUUUCAAGAGCUGGCUCGCAGCACUCCCUAUCACUGGAGGCUCUCACUGCGAGCUCUUCAGCGUACUUAGACAGCCUCGCUCGCGCCGCAGAUCGCGAGCUCAGCGCGUCGCUGCGAGGUGCGUCCAACACGUCGGGACCGCCUCCCUUAUGCGCGCCGACAAAGCUUGCUGCCGAGGCACUGUCGCCUCUCACCUCGGCCCUCUCCCUCUCCCACGUUUGCGAUGAGCACGAGUCGAGUGUGCUGCGCAGCGCGUACGUCCACCUGCUUCCGUACAUACUCGCUGUGGCGGCUCCUCCCGCUACACGCUCUACUUCAUUUGCCCUUGCUACCUCUUCCACCACCGUAGCAGUCGCAGCAGGCGGUGGGUCUGAGUCAGUGCUGCCAUGGUAUGCGGUGCACACCGGCGACAGCGCCGUCCGUGAACUGCUCUCCCCGUACAUGAGCUCUGUCGUGGGACCGCUGGAGAAAGAGCUGCGCUUCCACUUUACCGCUGGGUGUGACACGGCAGCCAUGCACGAACCGCAGCACUUCUUCUCUUUUCUGAUCGAGUGCUUCCAGCGGCAGCAGCGCAUCGUCUCGGAGCAGUGGGCGGCGUCAAGGUUGCAAGACAGCGAGAGCGACGCUGCCCUUCGUCUUCUAGAGUCGGUGAGUCAGGUAGUACUCAGUGCCACGGCCGUGGUUGUGUUCCAGGAAUGCUACGGCUGGCGGCCUUGUUCGGCGCUGUCGCGCCACAAGGACUACGUUGUGGUCACCGUGAACGCCGUGCUGGACUUUGUAGCGUCUGCAGAGGGGCGGUUGUGCAGAGACUCGGUGCAGUUGCUCGUGGAACACCUGUUGGCGGAGGAAGUGCUCCAGCUGUACGCCCAAUGUGCAGCGGACAUGGCCGUGGCGGCACUGCGCAAUGGCGCGGCGCGGCUGUGGAGGCGGUCGUUCCUGAUGGAGGGGGCGGGUCGCGCAUCGUUCCCGCUUUACACGUGCAGUUUGCACCUCGUGCGCUCGCUCGAGGCGUUCCAGCGGCGUCUUCUCAACUCGCUACUUCUUCUGCGCGGCUCGUGGGCGGAACUGGUGUGGCGCAGAAGUGUGGAGCCGGCGCUUUUGGCCUUCCUUGGGAUUGUGGAGAAACAGGCUCUGCCGGCUGUGGAGGACGCGGCCGCAGCCUCCUGGGGGUCUGUCCUGUCCCUCCAGUGGUGUGUGGCGAGUGUGCAGGUUGUGGCAGCCGCGGCAGAAGACUGGCUUGGGAUGCUGCGAGAAAGCUGCGUCGCCACGGCCAGCUCCGCCUCCUCACCCUCCUCCCUCAGUAAGUCAGAGACACUGGAUGCGCUGAUGCGGUUUCGCGAUCAACUUGCUCGGCGCUCGGCCGAGCACGCACAGCACCUAACACGGCAGCUCUGCACGCCCCAGCCCGGGGAUGCAGCGCGGGCUGCACGGGUGCUGCACGGUGCCGAAGAGUUCCUCAAGCUCACGGGGGAACUGCCCGAUAGCGCCUCAGCUCCCUACAUUGUGCACGAUUUGGUGCACGGUGUCCUGCAGAAGAACCUCUCGCCGGAGCACAGGGCUGAGUUGCUGUCGUACACAAAGAGGUGUGGUCUGCAGCGCUUUGCACAGCUGCUUGUCGCGUGA